CCACCCAAAAAUGAACCAUAUUGCAGAGAGAGAGAGAGAGAAAGGGGGCUGAAAAUGAUAAAGGGAUGGGCCCUUUUUUGUCUGCCAACAUCUUUCAAUGAUCUGCACUACUGUAACUCUACAAUGGCUGGAAUGCUUCCUGGAGUGGAAUGUGCUCGAAGGAGACGUUUCCAUCAGAGUGGAGCUUCCUCGGAUUCACCAAACAUGGCUGCGCAUGGUGGUACAAGGCGGUUGUCUUUCUGCUUAUACACAAGCAACCAUGAAUCCCAUCAUACCUCUGCCUCUUCUCAGCAAAGAAGUUUAUUAAACCAGGUAGACCAGAAUGAGAAGCUUGAAGUGGUAGCCAGAGAAGCCAAGGAAAGACUAGAUGAAAGGUUGAAAACACAAAGAAAACCAGCAGCUAAAAGCAAAGAGAGGUUGACGUGUGUGAAGGGCAGAUCUGCGGUGCUAGGGGAGUUGCACACAGAGGUGUUUGGGUCUAAGAAGGGUGGCUCAAGAAGGUUCAGCUGGAGCAAGUUGAGCUGGAAGGCGUCGGACCAAGAUGAGUGCGCCGUUUGCCUGGAACAGUUCAAGGCCGGUGAGACCCUGGUGCACCUGCCCUGUGCACACCGGUUCCAUGUGAGGUGUUUGGUGCCAUGGCUAGAGAACAAUGUCCAUUGCCCUUGCUGCAGAAUGGGGAUUAUCUCCCAGUAAUUCUCUUUUCUUGCUGAUGCGUCAUGUUUUUGUCUAAAGAGAAAUUUGGAUAGAUAUAUAUUUGGUAAAUCUUAUAUUACCCUCGUUUUAGUUUGUGUAUAUUGAAACUUAUUGGUUAAUUAUAGGCUAUAAUUUUGGGUUACAAUC